CAACUUGACUUCACAAAAUAUAUAGUUCCAGUUCAUUUAUUUUACCCAAAAAAAGAAUAAUGUUAAUUAAAAUAAUAAUAUUAAUAAUACCACGAAUCAAAUAUACCUCUUACCUCUUCCCUAUAAAUCCACUUACUCGAAUUCCUCAUCAAAAACCAGCGAUUCCUACAAGCUUGUAAUGGCUUCAACCUUCAUCUUCUUUCUUCUUGUUCUUGCUUUGUUUAGCUCUGCAACUUUAGCAGAUUUUCCUCCAAACAAUACUCUCUCUCCUGGUACUGUCUGCAAGUCCACUCCUGACCCUUCCUACUGUAAAUCCAUUCUCCCUAACCAAACUUCAAAUGUCUAUGGCUAUGGCCGAUUUUCUGUUCGCAAAUCAUUAUCUCAAUCUCUUAAAUUCUUGAAAUUAGUCGAUAAGUAUCUUUCCCGUCGAUCUUCUUUGACUACACCUGCCAUUCGUGCUCUUGAAGAUUGCAAAUUGCUAGCUGGUCUAAAUAUGGAUUUCUUGUUAAGUGCUUUUCAAACUGUUAAUACCACUAGUAAAACUCUUUCUUCUUUAAAAGCAGAUGAUGUGCAGACUUUGCUUAGUGCCAUUUUAACAAACCAACAAACCUGUAUAGAUGGUUUACAAGCCACAGCUUCUGCUUGGAGCAUAAAAAAUGGUCUUUCAGUUCCUUUGUCUAAUGACACAAAACUUUAUAGUGUUUCUUUAGCCUUAUUCACCAAAGGUUGGGUUCCAAGGAAGAAGAAAGGUCUCACAUGGCAGCCGACAAGCCAGCAAGCCAAGUUCAAAAAUGGAAGAUUACCAUUAAAAAUGUCAAGCAGGACCCGUUCGAUUUACGAAUCUGUUAGCAGAAGAAAGCUCCUCCAAACACAAGACGACGGCGCAGUUUUGGUGAGUGACAUUGUGACCGUUAGCCAAAAUGGAACUGGUGACUUUACUUCUAUUAGCGAUGCAGUUGCUUCUGCUCCAAACAACACUGACGGUUCCAACGGCUACUUUAUGAUAUUUAUCUCUGCCGGUAUUUAUGAGGAGUACGUGUCAAUCCCAAAGAACAAGAAAUACUUGAUGAUGGUUGGUGAUGGGAUUAAUCAAACCAUAAUUACUGGCAAUCGCAGUGUUGUUGAUGGAUGGACAACAUUUAACUCUGCAACAUUCGCCGUGGUGGCACCAAAUUUCGUGGCGGUCAACAUAACAAUCCGGAACACCGCCGGACCAGAAAAACAUCAGGCGGUCGCACUUCGAAGCGGAGCAGAUUUAUCCACAUUCUACAGUUGUAGUUUUGAAGGGUAUCAAGACACAUUAUAUACGCAUUCUCUAAGACAAUUUUACAGAGAGUGCGACAUAUACGGUACAGUGGACUUCAUAUUUGGAAACGCAGCUGUCGUUUUCCAAAACUGCAACUUGUAUCCGCGGUUGCCAAUGACUGGACAAUUCAAUGCUAUCACUGCACAAGGCCGAACCGACCCGAACCAAAACACAGGAACUUCUAUACAUAAUUGUAGUAUAAGAGCAGCUGAUGAUUUGGCUUCAAGCAAUGCCAAAAUCCAGACUUUUCUUGGAAGGCCAUGGAAGAAUUACUCAAGAACUGUUUAUAUGGAAAGCUUCAUGGACAGUUUGAUAAAUCCUGCUGGUUGGCAAAUAUGGAGUGGAGAUUUUGCACUAAGCACGCUGUAUUAUGCAGAGUAUAAUAACUUUGGAGCAGGAGCUAAUACUACAAACAGGGUUACAUGGGAAGGUUACCAUGUAAUUAAUUCUACUGAUGCUGCUAAUUUUACAGUGUCUAAUUUCUUGUUAGGGGAUAAUUGGAUACCUCAAGCAGGAGUUCCUUUUUCUAGUGGAUUGGUAUGAUUGAGGGCUGCCUAGAAACUAUUCAUUAGGAUAUUUAUUUAUUUAUUUAUUUUAUGUUUGUAAUUGUUUUGACUGUAAUGUACAAUAACCAAGCAGUACCAAGCUGCCUAGCUAUAUGCAAAAAUACAGCUUGAUAUACGAAA